UGUGUGUGAGGAUGAUUUUACUCAUUUUGGUCUUUCUUCUGGGAGGGUGCUGGAAGACGGAAGCUAUGUCAGUGACAGGAGAGUUGGGAAAGGAUGUCACAAUAAAAUGCUCUCACUCGUAUGCAUUUACCAACGUCAAAUACUUUUGCAAGGGAGCGUGCCUAAACAAAGUCCUAAUCAGUAGCGGAGCCAAAAAGAAGAAUUCAAAUGAUAAAUACAGUAUUACAGAUGAAGGAAACACAUUCAUCGUGACCAUCUUCCAUCUGACGGCGGAUGACUCAGGAACUUACUGGUGUGGAAUAGAAAGAAUUGGUCUGGACACAUACAAAGAAGUAGUCCUCACAGUCAUAGAGGGAAACCCACAGGAUCCGGACAAUGACUUGACAACUACUUUGUCCUCUAAUAAUCUGGUGUACAUUGGAGCGGGUCUCGGGGUGGCCGUGCUGACUCUAGCGAUGGUCCUUAUUAUAUUCUUCAGGCAUCGAAACAAAGACCUCCACGCAUCUUCUGGAAAGAACCGUGACAUGGUCUGUGCAACAGUUUCCAGAAAGAAACAAGUUGAACAACACUUCACUACUUCCUCUUCCACAUCCAAUGAGUAUCAAGAAGCAGAAGACAGGACUAACAGCAGCUUAAUGCCGUCGACUGUUCAACACAGAGGGUUCAAAGGAGAUCACUCGGACGACAUCUAUUCCAACAUCUCUGGUUCAACCGUCUCUCAGAUCCAAUCAGAUGGCCUCUUCUACACCACAGUGAGCUUCAAGGCACACAGAGACAGCAGCACUGAGGCACCUGGCACUGCAGCGCUCACAGACUCCACCCUAAAACACAACGCAACACACACGUCUGCAGUCUAUGACAACGUCUGAUCUGUGAUGCUACACUGAAAAUACCAAACAUUCACAUUUUGCUGUAAAACUGUUGUAAAUUAAUUAUUCAAAUAAUUCAGAAUGUAUUUAUUGUGUAACAGUCAUGCAGGACAGAUACUACCGUAAUAAAUAUGGACAUUUUAGUAAUUCUCAGUUGUUGUUUUUUCGCCUGAAAGAAAUAAAAUUGUUGAAUUAAUAUAGA